GAAAACGAAAACGGUUCCUCUAAAUACUAAUACAAAUAGGAAUAUUGCAACCCGAUUCCACUAUCACCGAUCUCAUUGGCUGAUGCGAUUAGUGUUGAAGAAAGUUGAUCAAAUCUCGUUAGAUACCCUCUCAAAUCUCAAUUUUACAAAAACCCAACCAAGAAUUUUUGCAUCUUGAACAAUUUCGGAGGUGGGGAUUUCGAUUGAUACUCGCUCCAAGUUUUGAUAUCAUAUAUAGUAGUUUUGCACAGGAAGAAUCCACUGAAAUCUCGGAUUUUCAACGGAAACAAACCAUAGCCUGGUCAAAGAUUUCAAUCGAUCUUAACAGGAAAACCCUAGAUUUGUUACUUACAAAGACUGCUCUGGGUUCCAGUUUGAAUUUGCUGCUGUUGAUUGUAACGUUGCAAAAGAGAUUGAUUUUGAUUUGCAGUUAGAUUCUGUUUCUGGGAGACGAAUUGUGAUUAUUGUGUGAAUGAGGGGAAGGUGUGUGGGAACAAGGCGAUGAAGAGCAAAACAGUGAGAUUCGAACUACAAUGACUGGAGUGUCAUUGGAUUUAAGAACACAGAGUUAUGGAUCACCACAGCAACCACAAAACGGUUCAUUGCAGAUUCAAAAUGGAUUCAUUGUUCGCAAAUCUUCAAGGAUGUCGCUCUCUGGUUCAAGGGAGAAGGACAAACUUCUCCUCGUUUUGUGCAGAUAUCUCAGUAGAAAAAAGGUUGUAAUGCUAAUUUUAGUUUCGUUUGCUCUCAUGGCAUUCCUUUCAGGGUUCUUCACCACCAAUAGAGAAGAUUCAUCAGAGAGCACGAUAUUUGAUCAUUUCAACGAUGCAUACAACACCUCUUUACAAUUCUCCAGAAAAUUCGGUAGUCAAAAAGACGACAAUUCAUCAAUUCAGACAACUCUAUCUGUAUGUGAAGAAAACCCUCCUAUCCACCAUUUCUCCCCUCCACUUUCUUCAGAAUCCACCAUUUUUCACAGCAAUUUCUGUCAGAAUUUUGCAUUUCCACCCCCUCCACCUGGUGACAGAAGACGCCCUGGACCUCGACCCUGUCCUGUAUGUUACCUUCCUGUUGAGGAAGCCAUUGCUAGCAUGCCACGUGUCCCUUCCCCAUCACCAGUGUUAAAUCACUUAACUUAUUUCCAUGAAGAACGUUCUACAAAAACUGAACCACAUGAAGGAUCUGAUUUUGGUGGGUAUCCUUCAUUAAAACAAAGGAAUGAAUCUUUUGAAAUCAAAGAAUCAAUGACUGUACAUUGUGGAUUUGUGAAAGGAUGUAGACCGGGUUACAAAACUGGAUUUGACAUCGACAUUUCAGAUCUUGUGGAAUUAGAGCAGUUUCAUGACAUCAUCGUUGCAUCAGCAAUCUUUGGAAACUAUGAUGUGAUUCAACAGCCAACUAAAAUCAGUGAUCAUGCGAUUAAAAACAUCCCGUUUUAUAUGUUUAUUGAUGAAGAAACCGAAAGUUACAUGAGAAAUUCAAGUCUUUUGGACUACAGAAUGAAAGUUGGAUUAUGGAGAAUUAUCGUUGUGCAUAACAUUCCUUACACUGAUUCUAGACGCAAUGGAAAGGUUCCUAAGCUUUUACUACAUAGACUGUUUCCAAAUGUGAAAUAUUCUAUCUGGAUUGAUGGAAAGCUGCAACUUGUUGUGGACCCAUAUAAGCUUCUAGAAAGAUUUUUAUGGCGACACAAUGCUACAUUUGCAAUCUCAAAACAUUAUAGGCGGUUUGAUGUGUUUGAGGAAGCUGAAGCUAAUAAGGCUGCUGGGAAGUAUGACAAUAAGUCGAUUGAUUAUCAGAUUGACUUUUAUAGAAACGAAGGGUUGACUCCUUAUUCAGAAGCUAAGCUUCCUAUAAUCAGUGAUGUUCCGGAAGGUUGUGUGAUUAUAAGGGAACACAUUCCAAUUACAAAUUUGUUCACGUGUUUGUGGUUUAAUGAAGUUGAUCGAUUUACUUCAAGGGAUCAGUUGAGUUUUGCUGCUGUAAGGGAUAAGAUCAUGGGACAAGUUGACUGGAGUGUUAACAUGUUUAUGGAUUGUGAAAGACGAAACUUUGUCAUACAGGCGUAUCAUCGAGAUCUGUUAGAGCACAUGCCACCGCCUAAUUUAAGGCGGAAUCGUGAUUCCAUUCCAGUGUCUGUGUCCGUGCGAGGGAAUCCGAUUGGUAGGAAUCCGGUAAAGAAGAGUCCGGUAAAGCGUGGGAAAGGAGAGAGGAGAACGAGAUCAAGGAGGCAUUCGAAGAAUCCUAGUAACAGGGAUAACAUGGUCUUUUGAUAAUUUUUUGUUUUUUUGUUUUUUUUUUUAACAAAAGAAAUAGAAUUUGUUGAAAUGAUUUUGGAUGUGUGUAGCAUAUGAUGGAUGGAUGGAUGGAUAGAAUAUCAAUUUUGUUAAUACAUUCAAUUUUUGUUGUAAAUACUUGGUUACAGAAAAUCUUUGAGACUUCUUUUUA